GUCCUCUCUCUCUCUCUCUCUCUCUCUCUCUCUCUCUCGCGCGCGCUCCCUCUCUCUCUGUCGGGUGUCGCGUUUCGAGUUGGCCUUCUCAUUUUCCGUUGGCAAACUUAAAGCUUGGACUUUUGCUCUCGGUCGAUUUGUGGGGUUCUGAUUGGCGGGGAAUUCAGUUCGUACUUGAACUGGGCAUUUCGGGUUCAUCCCGAGCGAGUUUGUGGGAUGGCAUGUGUUUGACCUUAGAGUUCUCCUUGAGCGCCAGUGGACGAUAUCGAUUUGAAGUGAGAAGGUCUACCCCGCUCGAUUCAAUGCCUCAACACCAUGGGGGCCUUGUUGCUCGCUUCAGGCGAGUUUUUUACUUGCUGAUCAAUGAAGUAGGAGAUCCUGUGGAAUUCGAGCUUCCCGAUAGAUUCAGCAAGUGGAAGUUCACACCCUACAAGUUUAUCAGGCGCAAUAUAUAUCUGACGAAGAAGAUCAAGAAGCGUCUUGAGGAUGAUGGCAUAUUCUGUUCCUGCUCCCCAUCGCCUGGUUCAUCUGUUGUUUGUGAUAGAGACUGCCACUGUGGGAUGCUUUUAUCUAGCUGCUCAUCAGGAUGUAACUGUGGAAAUUUGUGCAUUAAUAAACCAUUUCAGCAUCGACCUAUAAAGAAGAUGAAAUUGGUGCAGACUGAAAAAUGUGGCUCUGGGGUUGUGGCAGAUGAAGAUAUUAACAAGGGAGAGUUUGUUAUUGAAUAUGUCGGAGAAAUAAUAGAUGACAAAACUUGUGAGGAAAGGCUUUGGGAUAUGAAACGUCGAGGAGAGACAAAUUUUUAUCUCUGUGAAAUAAAUAGAGACAUGGUCAUUGAUGCUACAUACAAGGGAAACAAGUCAAGAUAUAUAAAUCAUAGCUGUUCCCCAAACACUGAGAUGCAGAAAUGGAUAAUAGAUGGUGAAACAAGAAUUGGAAUAUUUGCAACUCGAGACAUCAAAAAGGGCGAACAUCUGACCUAUGAUUAUCAGUUUGUGCAGUUUGGUGCAGAUCAAGAUUGCCACUGUGGGGCUGUCAGCUGUAGGAGAAAGCUCGGUGUAAAACCUACCAAACCUAAAACAUCUUCCGAAGCUGCUCUGAAGCUAGUAGCAUGCCAGGUGGCAGUGUCCUCUCCCAAACUGAAGGCGAUUUUAUCAGGAAAUAAUGUUUACCAGAAUGGAGGUUUGAAUGCAGGAAGUUCACAGUGGAAUCAUAAUCGACAAACAGUUCGCUCCAGCAAUUGCAUAGGUCAAGUGGUUAGAUUUAAUCGACCAGGCGGUCAAGGGUUGUGGGGAUAUAUCGACCGGUUCGAUGAACAUUCUGGAAAACACGCUGUCUUGUUAGAUGAUGGUAUUAUCAAAUUCUUUGACAUGUCCAAAGAAGACUGGGAAAUCAUGACAUUGUGACCCCAAUCAUUGAGUGUUGUCAUGGUCUAUCCUCCAAUAGACGUGAAAGACUCUGGAUGGUGAUCAUUUAUAUGUUUGCUGAGAUGUCUUUUACUGCAUCCUUGUUUGAAGGGAACUGCCAAAGAAGCAUGGAGCCUGCCUGAUGUGCAUAGAACAGCGAGUGGCUGUGUCAGCAUUUCAUGGUAGCUGGAUUUAGAAGAAUGUUGUAGUUGUAGUUGUAGUUGUAGUAUUCAUAGUUGUUUGUUGUACAUUAGUCUAUACUUGAUUUCGGAUUUUCUGUGUGUCGUGCCAGUUCCGGAAGGGAUGGUGUUGUAGCUCCGGGAAGGAAAUAUUUCCUUUUGUACUUCAUGAUGUAUCUCACAAACAGAUUAUCACAGCAGUAGAGGGCAUACAACCGACAUUUGGUUUUCUUUGCUUUUCGAGAUUUUGAUUCCUCGAGGCAUUCGUGGUAUCCAGGCAAUGGACUGCAUUAACAUUACGU